AUGUUUUUUACCGGUGGAGUUGGUUUUAAUGGCGGAGGAUUCGAUGAGAGCACGAGAUGGGAGAGAAGAGGAGGUUUUGUGAUCGAUGAGACUGAACAUGAAAGGUUGUGUAGUACACUUCGAAGCAAAGGAAACGUUCCAAUUUGUUGUUUAAAUCAACCCCACCUUCUUCGGGUUCUUCAAGAAGGAAGCAAUGGGUUAAGCAAUGGGAAGCAAUCCGACAUGAAGAUUUGUCUUGAGAUUUGCUUUGAGUCAAGUACUACAACUUAUGGACGCAGCUUCUGCAAAAAGUGUUUACGAUCUGCGGCGGAUAAAUGUUUGAAGGAAAUGUCCUAA